AUGGCGUCUGAGGCACCAGUCGCCUCCUCAUCCACGUCCACGGCCAGUUCAUCUCCCGACUCCCGGACCCCCCACUCGAUCCCGUUCCCCUCGGCCGCUCCUGCUGCAGCUCGACCCCCCAGCACGACCAGCACGACCAGCACGACCACCCGCUUGCUUCCCCAACUCGGACCAAGCGACGACGAUCACACCUUGGAUGACAGGAGCUGGGAUCAUGUGUUGGAUCUGCUCAAGCAGAGUCUGAAGGGGUGCAAGAUCAAGGACGAGGGCGUGUGGUUGGUACGUUGGGGCAAAUUGAGCUUGGGGCACAGGAAAGGCCCUGAAUCAAUUCGUUCGAGAGCAUACGUGCUGAUUUCGGGAUUCGAUCAUAUCAGGACCCCAUCAUCACCUCUUUGCGCGCUCUCGUAGCUACAUUGGACCGUACGACACUAGGCGCCAUCGUCGACUCGCGUAUCGCCGAGGACCGAGCUCAACUCGCCGAAACCCACCAACGGCACGAAGCGAACCCGACUCAAAAGGACCGAGCUCGCAAGGGAAAAGAGACCGAGGCUCUUCAAUCGGCUCUGGGUGGAGAAGGUGGCGAAGUGGAGAAAGUGAAGAGGAGGGAGAGGUGGAGGAACGCGGCGCUCUUGCUGAUGAAGUCGGAGGAGAGCGAGGACGAAGAUGAACGCAGUCUCAAGCGAUCCGAAUCUUCGUCCGCAACAGGUGUCGAGGCCGAGGAGGAUGAUCAAGCGGAAGGCCUGGGCGAGGGCGACUCGGCGUGGAUGUCCGUGGCUGAAGCGCCAAAGUUGACCAUCUUUGGGGUCAUGCUUUGCUCGACCGAGACUUCGCUUUCGGCUGUGCGGCAUGGCACGUCCAGGCUUGGGGUCGAAUUUGUGCGUGAUCAGUGGCAUGGGAAGAGGCUGUUUGGAAAGAGUCGUUGUAUUGGUGAGUUGCUCGGCUGGUUGAAGCGGACCCCUAAUUUGCGACUGACCAUUCUCUGAGGGGUGACAGACUACGAGGACGAGGAUCUUAUGCUGGUCACUCGGGUCGGAGGGACGUUCUAUCUUACUGCGACUGCGAAAGAGUUGCCCAAGCUUGAGCGGAUCAUCGAACUUGUCACCUUUGCUGCCGUCUCUCUGCGACUCGAAGUCGGUCUCCUGCGCGACUUUCGGUGCCCCCGACCCGUCGCCCUACCCGAAUCAACACCUCCGACGCCGCCUCCAGUAUCUGCCGAGCCCUCGGGAGACGACGUCAUCCACGAAGACCUCGAUGACGAAGUCCCCUUCAUCCCAGGGGCGUACUCUCCCAGCACUCCACAGCGAAAGCGAUCUCUCAGGCGAUCAAACUGGUCCCGAGGCAGCCUGUGGGGUAUCUUGCUGGGCUCCCAGAACCGGCCGAAAUCGAUCCCGCUGUCCAGGUCGAGGUCGAUGACUGUGAGCGUGAUACCGACUCGAACAACCGCCACCGUGAUCGUACCGCCAACAUCUCCAAGGCUCCCUUCGUUCGAGCUGUCCUCUCCGACCACGCCCAGUGCGAGUCUGCGCAUCAAGAACAAGGUCAAAGGCUUCAGCGAGGGGCUUCUGCAACGCCGCAGUCGGGGGAAGCAGUCUGAUGGUGCCUCGACCCCCAAGACGGGAUCCCGCAAGAUGCCUGGAGAUUUACCACUGCUCGAGGAGGUCAGGUCGCAAUCGCUGGAUCUUGGCGAGCGACGUAGUUGGGAUAUCUUGGGCGGCAUGAAUCUCGGUAUAUUCGGUGCGGCCAAGAGAGAAGAGAUGCUGUCCCCUCGUCCGACCCCUUCGCCUGCUUUGGCGGAGGGAACCGGGACGCCGAACGUCGACCGAUUUCAGCGCAUCAUCAAUGCGAUGGAGACGUGUAUUCUUUCCGUCUCUCCUGAUGUGGUGUACCCACCACCUCAUCUGCUCGUACGACUGCGGCAACAAGAACUGGCGCAGGCUCCACCGGUCGAUCUCGAUGCGCAGUCGUUCGAUUUCGGCGAACCGGCGACGAUGCCUCGACUUAAAUCGGCGCUUGACCCCAACAUGCUCGAUGCGACACCGAGACAAGUUCCACGCGGUCAUCUCGACUCGCAAGCAUUGGCCAUGAACCUCGUCACCGGGAACCUCAAUCUACCCCGACAGGACUUGGGAACUCCUGGAGGCGGGCUGCGUUCCGCAUCUGGAUCGUCCAUUCCUUCAAGUGCCAACUCUAGAGCAACUCGGAUCACGCUCGAUGCUCGUGCGGGUUUACAGAGUCUCAUGACGGCGAAUAUGACGCUUUCGGGGACGUUCCGACAUCAGGGGAUGCAGUUCCUCGUCGAGACCAUUCGCUCGGACGCUACGUCGGGGACACCGCCUUGCAAGCCCCCCAAAUGGCUAGCGUACGACUACUACUUCGAUGGGAGCACGUCCUCCGAGAUCGACGGCGAUACAGGCACUCGAUCGGCCGAUUCGACGCUGGGUCAGAUCUUGGAACGCUUGGUCAGGAGGAAGGAUGGGCCUUGCGAGAGUGCGAUGUGCAAAGCUGCGCAAAGGGAGCACUGUCUCGUGCUUAUGCAUAGUAAGGAUCGUCUGAGCAUCUCGUUGAAUGAACUCAAAGAUGACGUGACGGUGGAUGGGGAUGCUGUUGAAGGGAUCCCAAGCGAAACGGGCUCUCUCCUCAAGAAGCUCAAUACCUUGGAGCAAGACCCCACCUCACUCGUCCCUCGCAUCGCCUCUUGGACCUCAUGCAAGCGUUGUCAAGCCUCGACAGAGCCAACCCUCCUCUCAGCCACAUCGUACGCCUUCUCCUUCGCAAAAUGGACCGAGUUGUUACUCUACGAUCCCAAUUUCGCUCCUUUGCCCGAUUUGUGUUCGCAUGCGACGGAUGAGAAAGGGGCGCUGGUGAGGUCGUUUGCGAUUGAACGGACGGUGGUGAGGAUCGUGAUGGAUCAGAUUGAGUGAGUUCGAGUGCGAUUACGCGUUGGACGUACGACUACGGGUUGAAGGGUGCAGAAUAUAGUCGCUGAUGGCACUAUGGUCUUUCGAUCAUUUCUCAGAUUGUUUGAGCUUCGGCUGCCGACAGCCGUGGAUGCCGAUAUUGAUCAUGUUGCUCCGACUCAAGCUGAGCUGGAGCAAGAUAUUGCACCUUUAGAGUUGCUCAAGACGGAGAUAUGUGAGCUGUCGAUGGGCUUAGCUACGAAUUGUGACGCCCCAAGCUAAAUGUUCCGCCUUUGGUUCGCAGCAUCUUUCUACGACUCGCUGCGCGCUCGACUGGCUAAUUUGGACGAGCGGCUGCAGUCCAAUACGGCGGCUGCAAUGCCUGACUCACCUACCACACUUCUCGAGGAACCAGUGAGGUCGAGAUCCACUAGUCGAGAGCGGUCCAACUCGGGAGAUACGAUCCUCGAACACCAAAGUGAAUCGACCGAGUCGAUUUCCUCAGCGAACCCCGAAGUCGAAUCAACCCCAACAUCAACGCACGACCUAUUCCAAAGACUCCAAGCACUCGUCGAGGAGAAUGCGCAAGAAUGUCUCCGCUUCGCCGAAUGUCUCUCUGCGCAUCAGCUCAACGAAGGACGCUACUUCUUCCUGGGCUUGGCCAAAUCUGACAAAGCUCGGGUCGCAGCGUGGGAGCUGAAGCAUGCCGCUGACUUGGGUGGGAUUCCCCUCGAGGCUCCGACCUAUUCUGAGCCGGAGUAUUUGGUCAAUCCGAUCGUGCAUCUGUUCCCGGUCGAUUCGUCAGUCAUCGUGAGAGAGGACGAGCCUUCGUCCUUAAUUGCAUUGAGUGAGUCAUGGGAGCGUUCACAAUUGUGUUUUCGUGUUGCCUAAUCUGAGUUUACCCCAUCUCCCGCUCUCUAGCCUUGAGCGCCAAAGCUUUUCAAGAGGAAGUGGACGCGCCCAUCUCGGUUCCCUCUCGAAAAGUGACGCCUGACAGCCUGUGGGGCUCUAUCAAUUCGGACUUGCUACCUCCUACUCGCAAGCCAUCUCGUCAACCGAUUCCAGCCGAAUUCACUAGUCACAUCAUCGCUGCAACCUCGUUGGAGUCGGGACCCAAGCCGACUUCGGAAACUAAGGCGACUAACAAGGCUUUGUCAAAGAGUCCUUCUCGAGUCAGGAUCUUGGAUCCGGAUAACCCAAACGCAGACUUCGCUCCCGCCGACGAGGUCGAGUUCAAAGCCAAGCCCAAGAAAGCCGUCAGAGCCGGAUCGGUGCUGCAACGAUUGGGUCGACAACGAUCAUUUGAGCCGAGUGCGGGGACGGGGAGCUCGCUUCGCCCUUCGCCAUCGCCAACCCCUACGCCCGAGCAGAGCUUUGACAAGGGGAGCAUCUUUCGUUCGGAGCCUACCUCGAUCGACGUCCUCGAGGAUCUACUCGUCACUUCGGGGUCGACGACCUCGACUCCUCCGCGUGCCGGGGUUCGACGAGCAACGCCGACCAUCAUUGCUGGGUUGAGUGUCAAGAAGCUGGCUGCGGAGGCGACGACGACGAGUGUUGUUUCGUAUUCGUCGGCAUCGUCGCUGUCACUUCCUGACGGUCCGGAGAAGGCCAUGAACGGCUCGACGGACGUUCCUAGUCGAUCGCUGGCCUCGCUCUCCUCGCUGGACUCGGCACCGUCGACGCGACCCGGUACACCGGUACCUUCUCGUACCCUAACAGAAUACACGGUCGGAGAAGAGAGCACCGCUGGGUCCCUCCUUACCGUUCCCGCGCGUUCGCAAACGCAGGAAGCGACGACCAGUCCCAAGUUCCUCACGAACGCUUUUUCGACGUUGUUGAGCUUACCGGACUCGUUGAGAGGGCUUGGUGGGUCUUCCAGAGCCACGAAUCUGAUGGGGAUCUCCAAUUCGGGGCAUACCAAGUUCAGUGAGUCGUUGAGGGGUGUACUGAUGAGGAAUUGCGUCAUUUGCUGACUUGCGCGCUUGAGUGAUCGAAGACUUUAGGCAUGGUGACAAGUCGUUCCGAGUGACGGCGUGGUACGCUGCGCGCUUUCGCGCUUUGCGCGCACGAUGUGGUCUUAGCGAGAGUUUGUGAGUAUUCCCGAUCGCUCAGCCAGCAAAAUUUGAUUUCGGCACUGAACAUGUUGAUGCGUGCUCACAGGUUCGUCGAGUCGUUGUCGAGGUGUAGCGACUUGAGGCCCUCGGGAGGGAAAAGCUCGGCUGGGUUUUGGAUCACGGGAGAUCGACGGUUCAUGCUCAAGGAACUGGUGCGCUGCGUGUGGCUUCUCACGUCUGUCGAGAAAUAUCACUGACCCGUACAGCUACAUCCAUAGGUCACUGCUUGGGGCGUCUCGGAACGGGAAGCCUUCCUCUCCUUCUGCCCUGCUUUGCUCGACUACCUCAUGAGCCCCCAAGUCGCCAGCUUGCUCGCCAAGAUCUUUGGCUUCUACACCAUCAAAGUCAAGAACCACGCAACGGGCGAAGUACGCAAACUCGACCUCAUAUGCAUGGAGCACCUCUUCCAUUCGACCUCCAUCACGCGCACCUUUGAUUUGAAAGGCGUAGCAUCCCGCACGGCCAAGGUGACGAUGAAUGACCCUGCUUCGACGACGAGCAAGACGGGCUGGGAUGGCGAUUGGCUCACGCAGGACCGCUUACUCAUCUAUGCGCAUUCCAAGACGCUGUUGAGGGAGGCGUUGUCGAAUGAUGUCAAGUUCUUGUCGGAUAAUGGGGGGGUCGAUUAUUCGUUGCUCGUUGGUGUGAAUGAUGAGAAGUAAGUCAAGGUAGAUUCCUGCGCUCAUAGUGGCGAUGUACUGAAAUGCCGUCCGGAAUCACAGGAAAGAGCUCGUCAUCGGUCUCAUCGAUACCCUAGGCGUCUUCAACACUCUCAAACUCGUCGAACAUCAGGUCAAGUCCGGUGUCAAGAAGGCUACCGCAUCGGACGCGAACCAAGUCACCGUCCUUCCUCCGACCGAUUAUGCAACGAGGUUCAAAUCGGGUGAGUGGACUUGCCUGCUAAAAUCAAAUACUGUAGGCGGAACGAUCAAACUGAAGAGUAAACGUUGUGUGAUCGUUCAUAGCUAUGGACGCGUAUUUCAUCAGCGUCCCCGACAAGUUCUCCAAACCACCUGGCGACCUCGAAGCGAUGAUGACCGAUCCGAGAUUAGCUUCAGUGCUUUAG